CUAUGCUCGAAGCCCAAUACUACUCUUCUAUUCUUCACUCUGCUCCUCUCCAGCUUUGCAUCUUUUCCUCUCUCGACGACGUUUUCUCUUUCUCCAACUCCUCUUCAUCUUCUUCAUCUUCAUCUUCAUCUUCAUCUUCAUCUUCAUCUUCAUCUUCAUCCUCUCAAGAUGCUCGUUCCUCUCGUCGCAGCAGCCGCUCUUCUAGUCUACUGUCUAGUAAGACUUCGUCAACAGCGGAACAUGUUCAAAGGCCUCCCCGGUCCUCCGCAUCACGCUAUCUGGGGUCACUUUUUGAUCAUGCGAGACAUCGCCGGCUCUCUUCCAGCUGAUGCGACUCCUCAACUCUUUGCUCACCUCAUGCGCAAGAGAUACGGCCUGGGUGACUUUUUCUACCUCGACCUGUGGCCUCUCGCCCCUCCUCAGCUGGUCGUCACCCAGCCCGACAUCGCCAACCAGGUCGUGCAGAAGAUGAACCUGCCCAAGGAAACCGCUGUCAUGCAGAAAUGGACCGGCCAUAUUCUGGGCAAGCAGUCGAUGGUCACUGCGAACGGGCAUGACUGGCUGUUGGCGAGAAAGUCGUUUACUUCUGGGUUCCAGCCGCGAAAGGUGCUGCAGCAUGUACCCAGUAUCGUCGACGAUGCGGUGGACUUUGCGAAUAUCCUCAAGGAACAUGCCAGCAAACAGGAUGUCUUCCGUAUGGAGGAUCUCGGUGCGCGUAUGAUCUUUAACAUUUCCGCCAGAGUCAUUCUGGGCAUCAACUGCAACGCUCAACGCGACAACGACGAGUUCCUCGACCUCUUCCGCGCUCAAGCCAACCUCGCUCCUCAAGACUUCUGGUCUCGAUAUCUCUACGACAUCAGCCCCCGUCGCCACUACGCCAAAUGGUCCAACGGCCGCAACCUCGACCGCUACGUCGGCCGCAUCGUGGACGAGCGCAUCAUGAACGGACCCGCCAACAAGCAGAGACCGUAUGCCAUCGACGAGGCCAUCUCGUACAACGGCAAGAAUCAGAACGCAGAAACCCGCAGCAUGUACAUUGACUCGGUCAAGACGCUCAUCUUCGCUGGUCAUGAUACCUCUGCCAGUACACUCUGCUACACCUACGCUGCUCUGAUCAAAAACCCUUCUAUGCUCCAGCGUGUCCGUGAAGAACACGACGCCCUCUUCGGCAAAGACCCCUCCAACGCAGCACCCAUGCUCCAGAACGAUCCCAACCUCGUCAACAACCUCCCCUACACCCUCGCUGUCAUCAAGGAAGCCCUGCGCCUCUGGCCCCCCACCGGCAUCAGUCUCCGCAGCGGUCGCCCAGGCCAAACGAUCACCCAAGACGGCCAGGAAUGGCCCACCUACCCUUUCGCCGUGCUCGUCAACAACUGCGCAACCCACCGCCGCGAAGACCUCUUCAAGGACGCAGAACAGUUCUACCCUGACCGCCACCUCGUCACUGACCCUGCUGACCCGUACUUCGUCCCUAAGGACGCAUGGAGACCGUUCGAGAAGGGACCCCGCACUUGUCUCGGUCAGACGCUUGCCCUGGCUCAGCUUAAGAUUGUCCUUGUCAUGACGCUGAGGACGUUUGAUUUCGAGACGGUGUAUGAGAAUGGAACGCAUAUGUACCAAGUGUUGGAUGUGACUGCCAAACCAUCGCAGGGGUUGCCGACUCGUGUUACGCUGAGAACUGAUUGAUUUACCUUUGUUUGUUUGAUUAUUUGAUACCUGGAUGGAUGGAGUUUGGUUUGUUUUAUAGAGCAUUGUUUAGC